AUGACAGAAGCUCAAAAAGCAAAAAUCGGUGGCUACAAUUUUAAUGUUAGCACAUCCGACUUGGUGGCUAUUCUAAGAAGCACGAGAGACAAGGUACGGUGGCCAAAAGAAAUGAGAUCAAACCCAAACAGGAAAAAUCCCGAUUUUUGGUGCGAAUUUCACAACGAGCACGGUCACAAAAUGAUAGAUUGCAGAUUGCUACAAGGAGAAGUAGAGCACUUACUAAAACAAGGUUACUUAACUGCAUUAUUUAGUGAAAAAGGAAAGCAAGCAUAUAUGAAGAAUAGGCAGGAACCGCCAAAACCUUCUUCACCAAAGAGAACGGUUAAUGUCAUAAAUGGAACAGAGGAGAUCAAUGGCGUAACAUAUACGGCAGCAAAGAAGGUGUCAAAAAUUACAGUCACACACAGGAAGCGAGUUCGACAGGUUUUGGAAGAAGAUAAUAUAACAUUUGAUGAUGCAGAUACAGAUGGCGUGCUGACCCCGCAUAAUAGUGCACAGAGUGGUAAACGAGAUCAAGCCAAUGAUAAGUUGUUACCCAAGGCACGCACCUUGUGUGGUUUUGAUAACUCGAGCAUCAUAACAAAAGGGGAGAUAAUACUCACCACAUUCGUAGAAGGAGUAGUCAAAGACACCAAAUUUCAAGUGAUAGAAAUGGAUAUGGUUUACAAUAUGAUUCUCGGCAGACCAUGGAUUCACGAAAUGGAUGCUGUUCCAUCUACUUUACAGCAAGUUAUCAAGUUUCCUUCACAAUGGGGAAUACGGCAAAUCUGUGGUGACCAAAAAGCUUCUCGAAACAUUAACUCCAUGGCAGAUUCAAGCGCAAAAAGCGACGAAAAAUAG